AUGUCUGAAGUACUUAGUCUUACAUCCUCCGGCGUCUCGCCAAUGCACUACGGUUCGUUGGAGCGCACACCCAGCUCAUGGUCGAAGGUUGCUGAGAAACGAGUGACGGACGCUGUAUUCCUCUUAGAUAUCUCAACACCCAGUCAAAUGCAGCGAAGUAGCUACCAGCAAAGUGAGCAGGAAUAUAAGCCUCCGACAAUGGAAGGAAUGGCUUGGACGAGCGGCGAGAUUCCUGGCGCGCCAAAAGAAGCGCUUGAAACUGCUUUCCAAGACCGUGAAGAGCACGAUGGGAGAGGAUACCCUCCCAACCGAGAUCCUCAUUUCGCUACGGAAACUUUGCUCCAACGUCGUCGAAGAGCAGCCAUGGAAUUGUAUGAUCAGAUGAUGGCGGAAGGCUACUACGACAACAUCCGCGCUCUGCCUGCAAGGCAGAAGGAGCCCAGAUUCAAAAAGGAGAGGCUUCGACCGUUAUACAAACGUGCAUCGUCCAGCUCCUCUAACACUGUGCUUGGCGACGGAGUCAUUGGGGCCUUAACGCCCGCAACGCCUGGAGAUAACUCGGAGACACCCUUUGGUGAAAAUCCCCCAUUUUUUAUGCGAAGGGACUCGUCCUCUGGGCUGCUAGUCCCCAUGCCAGUCAAGGGAAAGCACGUCAUCAACAUCAAUGGGGACACUUACAACGGGCCGAUCAAGAACUCAAACAUUGGCGGACACCGGGGGCAAAACUCAGUGAAGAAUGGCCCAACUCACGAUGUGGAGGCUCAGAGAUUACUCGGAGUUCCGCCGGGUCAGAACACGCAUAACAAAUCAAACGUUGAUGCCCUACUCAUCAUUAUAUUUGCCCUGUUGGCGCUCAUCUGUAUUUCUUUCUUCGUGGACCUUGAUGUACUUCUAGCACUGCUGAAGAUGGUGAAUGGGAAGGGUUCAACUUAG